AUGGACAAGUGCAUCCAGGAGAACGGUGGAAAUAACUUCAAGCCUGUUCACAUGGGGAAAGCUCACCUGGAGAAGGAGGGAAGACUUCCCCUGAGUAUCCAGUGCUCCAGCAGAGCUGCUGAGGUCCUGUCUCUUUCGUAG